AUACACCCUCUUUCUUAAACUACUUAACUUAGCUAAUACGCUCUCACUUCCCACUCUUUUCACAAUGUCUAGAGUAUUUCUUCUUCCUCUUGCUCUAACCCUACUCAUACUCUCUCCUACUUCCUUGGCUCAAUUGGGGUUCCAACUAGGCCAGUCUCCCUUCUUGCCUUCCGGCCAGUCGUCGCCCCAACACAGCCGGUUGCAGCGUGGCCAGCAGGCUCUCAAUGAUUGCCAAAUCAACCAGCUUAGCGCUAAUGAGCCAUCUAUCCGAAUCCAAGCCGAGGCCGGUAUCACUGAGGUAUGGGACCCUAAGGAGCAACAGGAGUUCCAGUGUGCUGGUGUCACCGUGAUUCGCCGUGAGAUUGAGCCUAAGGGUCUUCUCUUGCCUCAUUACAAUAAUGCACCUUCCAUCUCCUAUGUUAUUCGAGGCAGAGGAUUAUUGGGGCUUAGCAGCCUAGGUUGCGCUGACACCUACGAAUCAGGCUCCCCCGAAUUUUUUUCGGAGGAGUCUAGGAGGUCAGAGCGUUUCGAGGAGUCUAGAAGGUCCGAGCGUGGGUCCGAGGAAAUGAGAGACCAGCACCAGAAGGUUAGACGAUUCCACAAGGGUCACGUCAUCGGUCUACCAGCCGGUGUGUCAAAAUGGGUCUACAACGAUGGAGAGGACCGUCUUACCAUUGUCACACUGUAUGACACUAACAACUUCCAAAACCAACUCGAUGACAAUUUGAGGAGCUUCUUCCUAGCCGGAAACCCACAGGGAAGAGGAGGAGACCAAUCAGGACGACAGCACGAGUCAUCUCGCCGUCACACAAGAGGAGGCCAGGAAGAAAUGGGCCAGAACAUCCUAAGCGGCUUCGACAAACAGCUCCUAGCAGAUGCCUUCGAAGUAGAAAGUGACACAAUCAGCAAGAUCCAAGGCGAAAAUGACGACAGAGGUGCAAUCAUCCGUGUUGAGAGCGGAGAGCUCGAGAUGUUGAUCCCUGAAUGGGACCAGGAGGAGCAAAGAUCAGAGAGACACCACCGUGGAGGAGGAAGCGAACGGUCCGAGGAAGAGGAAAGGUCAGAGAGACACCACCGUGGAGGACGAGGACGACAAAGCGAAAGUAGUCGCCCUCACAAUGGCAUUGAACAAACUCUUUGCAGUGCUAGGCUUAGUGUGAACAUCGACAACCCUGAAAGGGCUGACGUGUUUAACCCUCAGGGCGGCCGCUUGACCAACAUCAACAGUAACAAACUUCCCAUCCUUAACUACCUCCGCCUUAGUGCUGAGAAAGUUAACCUCUACAAGAAUGCUAUAAUGACACCAAACUGGAAGAUAAACGCACACAGCAUUGUCUACUUCACAAAGGGAAGUGGCCGUGUCCAAAUCGCAAACCACGAAGGGGAGCUAGUCUUCGACGACAUGGUGCAAGAAGGCCAACUCGUAGUAGUACCACAAAACUUUGUAGUCCUAAAGAGAGCAGGACAAGAUGGACUUGAAUGGGUUGCACUCUUGACCAACGACAACGCCAUGAGCAGCCCACUAGCAGGCCGGAUCUCGGCCAUUCGAGGCAUGCCCAUCGAGGUUGUCAUGAACUCGUACAAAUUGUCAAGGGAGGAGGCACAAAGGCUCAAGUAUGGAAGGCAGGAAUUGAGUGUGUUUAGCCCUUCAAAGAGGUCUGAAAGGAGGGGAGAUGAGUAUGCCAUUGUGUAAGAGUAUGAGUGUUGACUAAUGAAGUUUUUGGGAGAGAAUAAAGUAAAGUGGUGGAAAAGCUAGUUAGCUAGUUAUAAUGGGUUUUGUUUGUUGUAUCGUAGGCUUUUGUAUGGUUUUUUAGGUGUAAAGUUCUAUGAUAAUAAUAUGGCCACCUUUACUUUGGUUACACUUAU